AUGAAACAAGUUGUACAGUUCAAUAACCCAACUCAACUCAAGCUUUCCAUGAAAGAAAACUAUAUUUUACCUGUGAGCUACACUAAAUAUUUGCAAUGGAUUUCUGACUCUACAACCGGUGUCUGUGUCGAUGGGAACACACCUGCUCCAACUAAUGCCCCGACGCCUGCUCCUACUCCUGCACCCACGCCUGCCCCUACGUCUGCUCCCAAUUCUGACUGCCAGGUAAUUAUUUGUUCAUCCACAGCUGGAUGUGGACAAGUGAACCGUGCCAACCGCAUUGUUGGUGGAGUAGAGACGGAGGUGAACGAAUAUCCCUGGAUGGUUUCUCUUGUCAACGGAAAUGGAUACUAUCACUUCUGUGGCGGUUCUAUCAUCUCCAGCCAAUGGGUCGUCACUGCAGCUCACUGUGCAGCUGUCAUGAGCACCUCGGAUUACGUGUUGGUGGGAGACCACAAUCUGUAUUCAUCAAGUGAUGCCAAUUCUCAGUGGAUGCAGAUUGCUGAAAUUGUGAGUCAUCCGUCCUAUAAUUCCAAUACACUGGACAACGACAUUGCCCUCAUCAGACUCACCACAGAAAUACAGUUCCCAUCUGACAACAAAAUCGCCCCUGUGUGCCUUCCAACUGCUGGUGAAAUGUAUGAUAAUGUGGAUGCCACAAUCACAGGAUGGGGAGCUCAACAGGAGGGAGGUUCCACAUCAGGCACCUUGUUCGAAGUUACAGUGCCCACCAUGACUAACACCGAAUGCAAUAACAAGUAUGGAGGAAGCAUCACUGACAACAUGAUCUGCGCAGGCAUUCCUGAGGGAGGCAAGGACUCCUGUCAGGGAGACUCUGGAGGACCAAUGGUGGUGGAAGAAAACGGCAAGUGGAAGCUGGUGGGAGUUGUGUCGUGGGGUUAUGGCUGUGCUCGACCUGAUAGGCCCGGAGUUUAUGCAAGAGUUACACGUGAGUAA